AUGCGGGCAAUCAUCCUCAGUCUGGCGACGUUUCUUCUGCUCAGCAGCACAACUGCACAGGCUCAAGACGGAAAGAACGCCCCCAAGAAAGAAGCCACUCCCAAAGUCCAGGUCAAGCUUCUCGAAGCCGGCAGCGAGCCAAGACAAGCACUGCGCUAUCAUCCGCCCGCAGGUUCGGAAGAAACGAUGCGGAUGUCGAUGAAGAUGGGAAUCACCAUGAACAUCGGCGGCAAUGAGUUACCUCCCCGCAACGCGCCGACCAUGGAAAUGGUGAUGAGGCUGACAAUCACCGAAUCCGAUGAAAACCAAUUCGCAUACGAGUUCGAACUCACCGAGAUCGAAGUAUUGGAAGAUGAGGCGGUUCCGGAGCAAGUUCGCCAGAGCAUGGACGAGCGGAUGCAGGUGCUCGUGGGCUUAAAAGGCGAAGGCCGCGUGGACAACCGCGGGUUCAAUCAGGGUGCUUCUCUCACAUUGCCCGAAGAUGCACCGGCCGAUGCGAAGGAAAUGUUUGCAGGCUUCGAGAAAUCGGUCAAUGAGUUGUCCACACCACUUCCGGAAGAGGCGGUUGGCGUGGGGGCGAAGUGGCAGGUCACUCAGGAGGUCGAAGCCAACGGAAUGCGGAUCACGCAAACCAUCGAGCAUGAACUCAAAGAACUAGAAGGCGAUGAGUUCUCCACGACGGUGACUACCAAGCAGACCGCCGAGCCGCAGAAGAUGGAUUCCCCAGGUUUGCCGGCCAAUGUAUCCCUCCAUCUCGACAGUUUCAGUGGCUCUGGCGACGGACAAUCGUCCUUCAAUCUAGCAGAGAUGGUUCCCACCUCCGUAGUCCAAUACGAGUCGCAAGCCAAGAUGACCACCGUCGGGGUCGAUGAACGCCAUGUCAUGAAUGUUGAGACAACCAUGGAGAUGGAAAUCCGGAUAAAGGCUUGGCCCAAGAGGCUCGCCAGCGCUGCACCAACCGCCGACUCGCUGGGAUCCUGGGCAGCCCUGCCAUACAACCUCCCACCUGUAAUCUCGGAGCUUCCGGUUAUGACCGCUGACAACGCCAAGCAACCUGCUUCUCUGCCCUCGCGUCGCCAGUUCUUGCAAACCUCCACUGCGGCGAUGGCCGGCGGAGCUUUGGCCAGCGGACUAGUCGUGCCUUCUAACGUGCACGCCGAAGAAAGCAGCGAAUUGAAGGUCGGGCUCAUCGGUUGCGGCGGACGUGGUACCGGGGCCGCGGUCGAUGCCCUCAGUGCCGACCCGCAAGCCAAGCUGGUGGCGAUGGGCGACGCAUUCGCCGAUCAACUCGAGACCAGCCUCACGAACCUGAAGAAACAAGAAGUCGCCGCCCAGGUCGAUGUGCCCAGCGAACGCCAGUUCAUCGGCUUCGAUGCCUACAAGAACGUGAUCGAGCUAUGUGACGUCGUGCUGCUCACCACACCGCCCCACUUCCGGCCCGAGCAUUUUCGCGCUGCUGUGGCCGCUGGCAAGCAUGUGUUCUGCGAGAAGCCCGUUGCUGUCGACGGACCCGGCGUCCGUUCGGUAUUGCAAACUGUCGAAGAAGCCCGCAAGAAGAACCUCAGCGUUGUUUCCGGCUUGUGCUGGCGAUACGACCUCGGCAUGCGAGAGACGUUCAAUCGCGUGCUCGAUGGUGCCAUCGGCGAUAUCGUGGCCCUGCAGGUCACGUACAACACCGGUGGACUGUGGACGCGUCCCCGUCAAGAGUCGUGGAGCGACAUGGAGUGGCAGCUCCGCAACUGGCUGUACUUCACCUGGCUCUCGGGCGACCACAACACCGAACAGCAUGUGCACAGCCUCGACAAAGCCGCCUGGGCCAUGGGCGACGAACCACCUUUGAAGGCCACGGGACUUGGCGGGCGUCAGGUUCGCACCGGAGAAGAGUACGGCCACAUCUUCGACCAUCACGCGGUGGUUUAUGAAUAUCCCAACAACGUGAAGCUCUUCGCCUCAUGCCGUCAGCAGAACGGCUGUUCGAACGACGUAUCCGAUCACUUCAUGGGCACCGCCGGUACCUGCGAUGUGAUGCGACACAAGAUUGUUGGUGCCCAACCGUGGCGAUACCGCGGGCCCAAGCCCAGCAUGUAUCGCGUGGAACACCAGGAGCUGUUCUCCUCGAUCCGCUCCGGCAACCCGAUCAACAACGGCCAGUACAUGUCGUACAGCACGCUGAUGGCAAUCAUGGGCCGCAUGGCUACCUACACCGGGCAAACCAUCACCUGGGAACAAGCCCUCAAUUCCGAAGAAGACCUCACCCCGCCCGCCUACGAAUGGGGCGACCUCCCAGUCCCGCCAGUCGCCAUGCCGGGCGUGACGAAGAUUUCAUAA